AUGCUAGAAGACGUCGGACAGCAUGACAGAAACAAAGAUGCAGCUGGAGGACUUGAUGGUGAUGGUGAUGUGGAUGACGAUGCUAAAUGGUUGGACUCCCUGACAUUAGGGCUGGAUGACCUGUGUGUCCGCUUCAUUAUAAAUUUACCUCGCGAAGAGCUGGAGUCCGUCGAACGGAUCUGUUUCCAAGUGGAAGAGGCGCAAUGGUUCUACGAGGAUUUCAUUCGGCCGUUGGACCCGGCGCUUCCCUCGUUGUCUCUGAAAGCUUUUGCGCUGCGCAUCUUUCAGCAUUGUCCACUGAUGUCUCAAUGGUCCCACUACCACCAUAUUACAGCGUUCUCGGAGUUUCUGGCCUACAAGACCCGUGUGCCGGUGCGUGGUGCCAUCCUGUUGAAUCAGGACAUGGAUGAGGUAGUGCUGGUCAAGGGCUGGAAGAAGGGCGCUAAUUGGAGCUUCCCCCGCGGUAAAAUCAAUAAAGAUGAAAAGGACCUCGACUGCGCGAUCCGGGAGGUCUACGAAGAAACUGGUUACGACGUUCGGGAGGCCGGGCUAGUGAAGGAUGAAAAGGACGUCAAGUAUAUCGAGAUCACCAUGAGAGAACAGCAUAUGAGGUUAUACGUGUUCCGUGGCGUGCCACAGGAUGCUCACUUUGAACCUCGUACCCGGAAAGAAAUCAGCAAGAUUGAAUGGUAUAAGCUGUCGGACUUGCCAACUUUAAUGAAGAAGAGCAAGCCAAAUGAUGAAAAUUUGGCGGUUGCAAAUGCGAACAAGUUCUACAUGGUUGCACCGUUCAUGCACCCACUCAAGAAAUGGAUCGCCCAACAACGGCGGCUUGACGCAAAGGCGCAACCAGGUGGCGUCAAACAGCUGUCGCAGUUGGAAGGGGAAACAUCUAUGGACGAGGCCAUUCAACCCGCUAUCCACCAUAUACUGGCCAAGCAUGCUGUUCCUAGUGAUUUGCCUGAAGUUACUUCGGCAGAUGACGCCUCUUCUCAUCUCAAGCGACUUCUUAAAAUCCACUCGACUUCCACCCAGGAUCAGUUCCCUCCUACGCAGACUGCUGGUCCGGACGCUUCCAAGUCCAAUGCUCUGUUGGAAUUGUUAAGAAGCGGCGCCUCUAACAAACCUACUCAUCAGUCUUCAACAAAUGACCAGACACUACCCCCUAAUGUCUUCCAUGAGGCUAUUCCCCCACCGCAUCAACCUCACACUCUUUCGGCACCAAAUUUCUUUCCAGGCUUCCCUCAGCAAGUUGCCUACUCUGGGCAACAUGACAAUUCAUUACAGAUUCCCGGGCAACCACACCAUGGCGCUGCUCUUCCGCAUUUGCCAGCACCCCCGCACUCGCUUGGUUUAGGAGGUCCCCAGGCCGGUUAUCAUGGGGUAACACAGUUUUCAAAUCGUCAUCCGUCCAAGUUGCACGCAACCGCGCAGACUCAUAGGCCAGCGCCAGCGCCUGCUCCAUACCAGAGGACUGGCGAUCCUCAAUUCUCGCAGGCGGCGCAAGCUCCCCAAGUUCAAGGGGCGGCUAUACCACCAGCAAGCAAAUUGCCACCGCCUAAGCUUACCAGCCACUCAUUAGCGCUGCUGAACGUUUUCAAAGACAGUUCUAUGAAAACGCCAAAGGCAACGAUCGCUAAUUUGACAACAUCCUCGGAGAAAACGCCAUCUGCUGAGCGCAAACCAUCGCAACAUCAAGAUAAUUUGCUGAAUCUCCUCAAGGGAGCAACUCCUCCGGCUCCUGCCGAAUUGUCGGCCCAGCCUGUCUCUCCGGCUGGCAAACAAAUUCUCCAACGGCCUCGCACCGAUCCUAGCUCUCCUAAGAGAUCUGCGCCCAACACAAAUGUGACACCAAAGGGAGCUUCACGCAAUCCUACCAGUGCAUCCGGGCCUCCGCCCGUCGUUCCUUCCGAGGCGGCUUUCAAGCAACCAGCGAAGAAGAACCAUAACGGCGCAAACAGGAAGAACAAAGAUCGACACCCACAGCCUCUUGCGUCUCCCAUUACUAUAUUGACCAGACCGCAGUCGGACAAGAAGGAACGCUCACCCACUCCAGCAUCUUCCCAGUCUCCUAAGCCUCCCUCGUCAAGGGCGUCUUCUCAAUCUCGUACCAACAGGGUGAAGACCGCAGAGCCACAGAAGCCAUUCCAGCCGCAGAUACUACGUCGCUCGGAUAAUCUAAACCUAGAGAAGGUUCUUCCGACGCGGAGUAAGGAUGAGAACGGCGUAGGCCGGCAAGUGACUUCCCCACCUCUCAGUGCUGGGCAAGUGAUGAAGCCUCCUCAGCCUCCUCAGCCAAACUUCGACCGCCGACCAAGCCAAACAGCUGCGCAGAAGGAGGCUCUCCUCUCGCUUUUUGGCAAGCGGCCUGUUUCUCCACUUACCUCACCCUCUGGGAAUCUCGACCUCCGUACAUCACUGACCAAACCAUCGGCCGCUUCCUCGGCUGUUAGUCCGCUUUCGCCCAGUCGUCCUGCCUCCGAGGUUGGCACUGAAACGCCGAACGCAAACAAGGUUUCAUCCCCCGUCAAUAAAGCUUUCCUGCUUGGAUUCUUGGAAGGUGUAGCGAAGGGAAACAAAUAA